CUUCGAAAAAGAUCAUGGUCUGCAUCCACAAGAGCUGGCUCCUUUGCGUGUACGACAAGAUAGAGCGAGGUCGUGAGUUGUGGCUAGUAGAGUACAGCUACAGAGGACUUCGGAGUCCAAUGCCAUUACAUCUAACGAUUAGUUUCUAACGUUUGUGAAGACCACUUUCUCCAAUGUUGAAAACCACACGUUCCACGUCGUCCUCGUCGAGCUCCGUUGCCUCCACUUCGUCCUGCUUUGCUGAGCAGAGUUCUUCAUCAUCAUCGUCGUCCUGCAGAGCAGCGUUCAGGGGACAGCAGCCAUUGAAGAUGAUGAUGAAAGUUAAGGAGAUGCAAAAAAGGGAGAGAAGAAAAAAUGAGGAAAUAAAUCCUGUAACAAAUGGACCUCUUGCCAGGCACAUCAAUCAAUCAAGGCUACCAAACGUUAGUAAGUACCAGAUGAUGAAACUCAUCCCCAAACUCGAUUACACUCUGUCCUAUUCCUAUUUUCUGUUUCUAACCUCUGAGCUCUCCGAAAAGCCGCACCAGCCGCAUUGCUGUUUACGGCCGGAAGUACUGUAGCGCAAGAAGUACCUGAAGAUACGAGCUUAGAGCGUCGCUUUGACAAGGGGUUCCAGUACCGGGAAAUCGAAGGUAAUUUGAUCGGCAAAGCAACACCACUUGAUGCCGACAGUUGUGCUGCGAAGUGUCAAGACACAGCGGAAUGCGUAGCCUGGGAAGUAUGUGCUCCGAUUGGCAGUGGGUGCGAUGGAUGCUAUGUGCUACAAAACUACUAUUCGAAUUUUUUCUCUCUACUUCGUCAUACCUCUAGUAGUUGUAGUACUUACUUAGAUAGUAGCAUUUAGGGUCAGUCUUCUCACAAUCCACCACCUCCCUCGCAGAUGGUGAAAAUCCGACCACAUAUCGUCGACCAUCCGGGAUGGCAUAUGGGAUUUAUCAAAGAGAGAGCAGAAGUUUUGCCCAUCGGCCCACCACCAGUUAUCCGCCCAACAGAUAGCAAAGGAUGCAAGGAGUUUAUAUUGAAGGUAGAAGUAGAACAAGGAGUAUGUACUUAUGCCUAUGCGUUGCCUUGUAUUGCAUCGUAGUUUUUCGUCCUUGGGCGAUUCCUGUUGUAAUCGUGCAACUGACCUGGUUCCUGUCGUCGCGCUAAGAUUAAGUUACUUCUCCACCUUGUCUACUUACGCAUACGACCUAAUGAUCCUCACCUCAGGCAAACGGCGGCGACCCGAACUCGGAAUUCCACAAGCCCGCGAAUAUGGAUAUUUACAACUGGUGCGGAGAGCAACUUCUCACAGGAGCUUUGGAUGGAGACACUACCCAUCCAAAGGAUAUCGAUGUGUACGGGCAGCAUUACCCGAUAUCACUGGUCACAAAUUUCCGAGACCCGGCGCCUCAAAUUCCUGCUGACGUAGAGAGAGAAUUGAAAGGUGCGUCGACUCCAGAAGAGGCCUACUACAAUCCGAAUGGCCCUGGAACGGUCACCGGGGAGUUGCAUGCUAGUGUCGGUAAAUAAGUACUCAACAAGAAUUAAAACGAAUCGAGGUAGAGCUGCAUAAGAUUUAUUUUUGGAAAAUCAAAUCAAAUUGACAUCAUCAUGUGGCCGCACCACCAAAAAUUGUUGUCCAUCCCUGAUCAGGCACCUACGUCCUUCCUCGCAGCCGAAACCAUGCGUUUAUGAUUCCGUUUUACGACACCAACAUCGGCCAUUGGAUCAAGGAGUUUGGAAGUAUGAACGUUUUACAGAGUUACGAGAUGCAAUCGCUCUUGCGUCCAGGAGAUGUCGUCGUCGAUGUAGGCGCAAACCUUGGCUCCUUCACCAUUCCAUUUGCGGAAAGAGUAUAAACUUUUUUACCAUGAAGAACUGUACUUAGACUUAGUUUGGCUUAAUACUUUAUAACAUGAAGAACUACUAACUUAGACUUUGUUUGGCUUAUAUGUUGUAUUGUUGUUGUUGCUGGGUGGAUAAGUAACAAGUCUUCUUCUACUUGUUCUGGUACUACUUUCGUCCCGGCGUUUACCAGAACCUCCAGACAGAUGAUGUUGGAUCUGAACAACUACGGCUUAAUAUCAUUAGCAAGAGGAUCACGCAUCGCAUGCCUCCAUCCCAACAGGUCGGCCGCCAAGGUAAAGUCCUUGCCUUUGAGCCUUUCCGAUGGCUAUUCCAAUUAUGUACGGCGAAUGUUGCGUUGAAUGGACUGUCAAAUGUGUGGACGUAUAAUAUGGGACUCGGAGAAGCCAUGGGCAGUUUUGAGUCACGUCCUCCACAGUUGCGGUUCUUUAGCAGUCCAGGCGGUGUGAAACUGAAAGAUCAUUAGGCGGUGUGAAACUGAAAGAUCAUUAUAUCCUACUUAGCUUGGCCAUUACUAUAAUUCUGUACUUAUAUACCUUUUACCUACUAUCCUUACUUUUUCUUCCUAGUUAGCUUGGCUCCACCCAUAUUAUGGCGUCUGAAGAUUUUGUUUUUCAUUUUGCGGUGGAUCAUGUCAGAAACGAAGUUGGAGAAGAAUGAGAGGUAGAACUAGGCUUUUCUCCAUGCCCUGGUCCUUUAUUUUAGCAUGUGCACCAUAAAAUGCUUAGGCUUAGUACCAUAAAAGUGCUAGUAUGUCUGACUUCGAUGUCAGUGCUGCUUUCCAACUACGUAAAAAUCGACAUCAAGAAGGGUCUUGUGGCUCUGGCUCUAACGCAUAGACGCAAACAUGAAGCAAGAGCAAGCGAUGCAACUCUACGACUACGAGAUGGAGCCUGAGUCCGUCAUGCAAGCGUCUCUGGACGACUUGUUGAGCCAGAAAAGCGUUCGCGUUCCGGAGAUCAAUAAUUUGAGGUAUUUGUGCUCGUUGUGACUCACUGGCUUGAGUUUUCUGGGAGAGCAAACUAAAAAGAAGAGUUAAGAAGAGCAUGAAGAUGAUGCAAGCUUUGAAAAAAGUGGCUCCACUUUAUUAUGAGCGUAGCUCCGGAGCUCCACGACAAUUUGAGACAUUUUUGCUGCUCGAUUAAUACUUUGCUUGAUCAUAUGAACUGGCUCUCUUGUCCGUUUAUACCUACUUAGCAUCCACACGACUCCCACACAGGUUGAUAAAGAUCGAUGUUGAAGGUAUGGAGGGGCAGGUGAUUAUGGGCGCGCAAAGGGCUAUCAUGCACUACAAGCCUAUCAUCUGGACGGAGAAUGUCGACUACUUCGAAAGGAAUGACUUAUGAGAAUAGGUUUAUAACUGCUUGCUCUCAAUAGCAAUACUCUCUUGUUCCUCUUCCUUUCUUUCGUUCAUCCCGACGAUGUGUGAACAGGUGCACCAGUGCAUACCUCUAGCGAAGCACCACUUUUUCACCUCAUUAGUGUUCCCCCGUGGGCGAUUUCCAAGUAGAACCUGCCUACAUAUUUUCCGCCGUAGUAGAACUAGGAAACCCACUGACACUAUCGUCAUCUUCUACCUUUCUCCUUCCCUUCGUCCCUCCCUUCCUUGUUCAUGUUCCACCUCCUUCCUGGCCUUGAUGGACCAGCUGAAUUACGCUUGUGGAAAGGCACAGAACGCACCAAACGACCUAAUAUGUACGGACAAGACUGGCCAGGGAAAUCAGGUGAACGAAGUAUUUUCGACUCCAAGCGCUGGGGGACCACAACAUCAAGAGCUGUGAGGGACAAGACCACAGGAGGAGCGCUUCUGCUGCAGAGGUAGAUACUAGACGAAAAGUAGAAAUGCAAGAAUGACGUCGCCAGAAGAUAGAAGUACAAGAAUAAGUGGCAACAAGUGGGUGUGUAAUAUAUUGAAGACGAGUCUCCUGCUCUACGGGUGCUACCACGGACAGCACUAUCAACAGAGACGCACACAUGACAUACUAGUAGCGGGAUGAAAGAUAGGGAACUAUUCUCGAGGGUACUAAUCUACAACGAAGGACAACAUGCCGAGAUAACAUGCUGGUGAACUUCGCCAACGAAGUCCUUCGCUAAAGGUAAAAACAUGCCGAGGUAGGGUAUCUACGUUGUCCUUCGCUAUGUUCGCUGAUGAAAGAUAGGGAACUAAAAGAAAGCAACAAGAGUCAAACGUUUCUAUUGUGAUGUCAAUCAUACAAAUACAUGAUAAAAUAUGACGAGAAAAAUCUCCUCAACAAACUCACUUUGUUCUUCCGCGGCCAAAGACUAAGUUCUGUUAUAAUUGCCCAGCUCAGUUAUCGCCAAUUUCUUCGUGUGAAUAUCAAUAUGUUCUGUCAUAUGUGUGAAUAUCAAGAUGUUGCACACACAACUCCGCGCGAAAGUACACACAACGAACUAUGCCAG